CAUGUUAUAAAAAGCCGUAGUUUCUAGAACCACAAUAGAAUUGUUUAAUUUUUGUUCCUUUCUUUGCACUAACUUUAUUUUCCCCUUACACAAUUCACAAACCCUAGCAGUGUAACCGAUCACCGAGCAGUUUUCUGGUUCACCUUACCGUUUUUACUCUAGAUCAUCUAUGGAUUCCAGUGAAAAUGGGCGAUCUCAGCUCACUCCUAGUCAUAUUGGUGGCGAGAAUGAGAACGAAAUAGCUGGUGUGGAUAACAGAGAAGAAGAACACGACUCGAGGAAGAGAAGAUCAAGCUCUAAGCACAGCUCCCGUGAUUAUGAGGGCAAAAGGGAGUCUUCAAGAAGCAGGGAUAGGGAGAGGGACAAAGGACGUGAUAAGGAUAGAGAUAGGAGCAAAGAGAAGGAAAGGGACCGGGAUCGGGAUCGGGAAAAAGAUCGCGAUCGUCACCACAGAGAUCGAAGCGAGAGGCGUAGAACUAGAGAUAGAGAUGGUGAUGGUAACGUUUCUGAUGACGGUGCUGAGAGCCGGGAAUACUGGCAGAAAGAUUAUGAUAGAGAUAGAGACGAGAGGCACAGACAUAGGUCAAAAUCUUAUGAGAGAGAGCGAGAGGAAGGGCAUAGACACAGGUCCAAAUCAUACGACAAGGAUAGAGAGGAAAGGGAUAGACACAGGUCGAAAUCCUAUGACAGAGAUCGAGAGGAAAGGCAUGGACAUAGAUCUCACUCAAGAGGAAGAUCUAGUCAUAGAUCAAGAUCGCGUUCUCGAUCUCGGUCUCGUUCACGCUCCAAAAGCAAAAGGAUCAGUGGGUUUGACAUGGCACCUCCUACUUCUGCUCUGUUGCCUGGUGUUCCUGCUGUCCCAGUUUCUGCAGGUCAACUCCCAGGCACUGCCCCAGCUAUUCCUGGAAUUUUUCCUAACAUGUUCCCUUUGGCAUCUGGACCGCUUGGAGCUAUUCCUGUUAUGCCAGUUCAGGCAAUGACCCAGCAGGCAACUAGACAUGCAAGGCGAGUUUACGUUGGUGGACUUCCUCCGACUGCAAAUGAACAGUCAGUGGCUACGUACUUCAAUCAUGUUAUGUCGGCAAUUGGUGGAAACACUGCUGGUCCAGGAGAUGCUGUCGUUAAUGUUUAUAUAAACCAUGAGAAAAAGUUUGCUUUCGUUGAGAUGAGAUCUGUGGAGGAGGCCAGCAAUGCCAUGGCCUUAGAUGGCAUUAUCUUUGAGGGAACACAAGUUAAGGUCAGAAGACCGACUGACUAUAACCCCUCUCUGGCUGCAUCUCUUGGUCCGAGUCAACCAAAUCCAAACCUUAACCUUGCUGCAGUGGGAUUAUCACCAGGAUCCACUGGUGGGCUUGAAGGUCCUGACCGUAUUUUUGUGGGAGGCCUGCCAUACUAUUUCACUGAAGCUCAGAUUAGGGAACUGCUGGAGUCCUUUGGCCCUCUUCGGGGGUUUAAUCUGGUCAAAGAUAAAGAAACUGGAAACUCAAAAGGCUAUGCCUUUUGUGUCUACUCUGAUGUGUCAGUUACAGAUAUUGCCUGUGCAGCUCUUAAUGGGAUUAAGAUGGGUGAUAAAACUCUUACUGUCAGGCGUGCAAGUCAAGGUACUUUACAGCCUAAGCCAGAGCAGGAGAGUAUAUUAAUGCAUGCUCAGCAACAAAUAGCACUGCAGAGACUCAUGCUACAACCUGGUGGACCUCCUACGAAAGUCUUAUGCCUAACAAAUGUGGUUAGCCCGGAUGAGCUCAAAGAUGAUGAAGACUAUGAAGAUAUAAUGGAAGAUAUGAGAACGGAGUGUGCGAAGUUCGGUAGUUUAGUGAACUUAGUCAUCCCACGCCCGAGGCCUGAUGGUGAACCUACACCUGGGGUUGGAAAGGUCUUUUUGGAGUAUGCGGACGUGGAGAGUUCUUCGAGAGCUCAACAAGGGUUGAGUGGCAGAAAAUUCGGAGGAAACCCAGUUGUUGCUGUCUUUUAUGCAGAGAACAAGUUCUCGGAGGGGGAUUACGAGGGCUAGUUUUCUUCUCUGGACUGGCCUUAAUACUCAGCCAAAAUGAUGUGUUGUACUAAUUAGCUAGCUAAUGUAGCCUUCUCCUUUAGUUGUACUCUAGUUUCCUGUCAUUAACGUCGGAAACGUUAGGUCGGUGUGGGGAUUUCAUGUAACCAGGUAUAAGAGUAGCCUGCUGCUUUGAUGGCCAACUAUUGUGGUAGAUAUCAAUAGAACUAGUAGGAAAGCAGAUUUUGCCAGUCAAAGAUAUCUUUAACCUUCCUUCAGGGUUUUCUUUAUCUAGAACCAAUAAGUUAUUGUGGCUAAUACAAAUUGUUCUCUCAA